CCAGCAUUGUCCAGCGACCGUCAUCCAAUUCUACUCUUCAACACGUCGCCGUCGUCGGAGGGAGAGGACAAGAUGCCCCCCUCAGUCCUCUUCCACUGCGCGCAUCAAGAUACGCCUCAUGCUCCUCUGCCUCCCGCUUACGCCUCCUCCUUCUCCGCCUUCUCUCCCCUCGACACCCUCUACUUCUGCGAGGAAUGUGACGCGAUCCGGUGUGACCAGUGUGUCGUUGUCGAGGUGGCCAGCUACUACUGCCCAAGCUGUCUCUUCGACGUGCCCUCGCACAAUGUGCGGACCGACAAGAACAGAUGCGCACGGUCCUGCUUCCAGUGUCCCCAGUGCUCCAGCGGGCUCGCAACCAUAGCAUCGGAGGCGUCCAAAGAUGUCAAGUCAGAGGAGCGGACCGGCGGCGCGCCGUAUUUUCUCAUCUGUGCGGCGUGCAAGUGGUCCAGCACGGAGAUUGGGUGGCUAUUUGACAAGCCUUCUGGUUUGGCAGGGCAAAGCGAGAGACAAUUUUCGCAAUCCGAGCUAGUGCAGGGCGAGUACGAUAGUCUCAAGGACUCGCUCGAGAAGUACAUGGCCCAGUCGGCACCACCUCCCCCGGCCCAAUCGACCACCACGUCCAAGGAGAAGCGGCUUUCGCACCAACGCACUCCAUCGCGCCAUCUAGCGCAGAUUGCUGCCUCGCGCGCUUUGGGCCGUGAUGUUCCAGGACUCCCACCUUUGAAGUCGGCUGCACGUAAGGCGCGACUCCGACGGGAGGAAGGUGACAAAGGCGGUUCGGCGCGCGACGAGAUGCCCCCAUACGUUGCCAAGGGGUCAUGGCGGGACACAGGCCUGGAGCGAGGUCUUGCGGACGUGGACGCGAUGCGCGAGAUGGACAGUGAGGAUAUUGUGGUUCUCGAGAGGCGAUGGGCGAAUGCUUGGGACCCGGAGCGUCUGGCGAAAAAGGCCAUUCCCUCCCGCGUGCCAUUACAGACGCGGCAGAUGAAGCGUUGCCCCUCCUGCCGUCACACUCUGGUGCAGCCGCAGCCGGACGCCAAAUCAGUCCGCAUGCCAAUAAAGGUCGUUGCAUUCAAUUAUCUUCCAACAGUUGAAUUAGGCCGGCGUCGUCGGCGCAUUUCUGAAGAACUGAACGAGGACGCGACGGACGAGGAUCUGGAGCGGAAACGCCGUGAACGCCGACGAACUCGCCUGCCUGUUGGCCGUGAAGAGGAUGAACCCAUGGCGACGCCGUUGCAGGCCGGAGAGGUGUACUCGUUCCAGUUGGCAUUCACAAAUCCACUCUACGACCCAAUUCAGAUCCGGCUAGCAGCUGCACACCAGCCCAAGCCGCCAGUGCCUGCCAAUCACCACAUCUUUAUUCCUACUGCGCACUUUGCAGUCGGCGCACUCAAGGAUGCGUGGGCAUAUGAUGAGGAAGACGAGGACGAGGGCGGUAGCGAUGAGGGGCUGGGGGUGGGCGCUGAUGCCGGUAAGGGGCGCAUGAGCCUUGGAGCACACCGUCACCGCGGUCGCGAGACGGGGGUUGAGAAGAGAGGCAACGUUACCAAAGUUGGCAUCGAGGUGGACGUGUACAAGGACGCGAGUGGACCAGUUGAGUUUGACCUCGAGGUGCGGUUUACGUAUCGGGCGGAUGACGGGGAAGAGGGCAAGGAUGGGACCAAGGCCGAGUACAAGACGUUUAUGUUUUGGACUCGGGUGUGUGCGGGAGAGGUGUGUGAGUGAUGUAGUGAUAGAGUAGCAGG